AUGACGGACUAUUCUAGUAAAAGGCCUGGAUUUCAGCUUCAUCUACAAAAGGCUCGAGGCUUUCAAGGCAGCCGGCAUCAUCCCCCUGUACCGAAGGUUUGGAUACGCUUUUUCUGACUACAAAAACCGUAAAAACCGACGAAAGCUAAAGAUCGACUUCUACAAGUUCAUUGAACUUCACAUCACAAUUAUUAAUUUUGUCAUCUACUCUUAGGCUGGCAUCUUUGAAUAUUGUUACUAAUUAAUCCAUGAAAAAUGUCAUUUAUUAGGUUCCCAACCUCCGCUGCGAAUAUAUUGAAAAAAUCGAGUCCAUCCUUUUUGAUGUUUCAGAAACUCGACAGAAAGACUAUGCGGGCUCUUCAAACAGGAAAUUACCUCGAUUUUAAAGAAGACUUUGAGAGAGCAUUGUCAACUGUUAACACGGAUAAGAGACGCGAUGUCCGAUUAAACGUGGAUAUAACAACACCUGAUGGCUUGCGAUCUAAAGGUAAAUUUGUUAUCGUAAUUCUCAAAAGUUAAGCAAAAGUGUUUAUAUACCUGGUGUAAACUAUUCCACAUUGCAUGAGGCGAAAAGGCUUCAGCCUUGUCACGAAACUGAUUUGGCAUUUAAUAUUUUCGCAUUACGCAAAUUCUUUAUUUUGCGUUAUUGUUUCAGUAAGCUGUUGAAAGACAGGGUUUAAUAAAAAUUGUAAAUUGCUAUUGUUAACAUUAUGAAACUAAAACAUUUAAAAAGGUUACUUAAGCCAGACUUAUUUUACUCACAAGCCGAAGCUUGAAUUUCGACAAUUCGAACAAAAAUUCUCGUAAAAUCGAGUUUUCUUUGGGCUUCUGCUAAAAAGGAAAAGAGAAAUUAAUUCUUUUUCGAGUAAAUAAAGCCACCUGAAAGGUAAGUCUAACAAAACUGACACUAAAUGUAAAGUGUUCACUUAUAGUUUAAUCCUCUGAAGCUCGUCUCACUAAAUAAUGAAUCCAGCAGUCACUGUUUGUUGUUUACUAACAGAUUAGAAAAAUAAAAUAAACUUUUUCAUCAAAAGUUUUGAAGUGGAUAACAACAAUACUUUGACCUUUGGUGCGCGACUCUUUUUUUCUGUGCGAUUCUGGAAUUUUCAGCGAGUAUAGUAGUAUUUAAAACCUUUUGUGAAAAUGACACCAACAGCUUUUUUUGUAAACAAAUCAGGCGGGGUCUUAUAAUUAUUCUUCAAAAAAAUAUUCAACGUAUUUACCCGCGAAAGAGUCAUUCCACAAAAAAAAAAAAAAAAAAAAAAAAGAAAAAGGAAAAAAGAAAAAGAAAGGAAGGAAGGGCCUACAGUUAAGUUGAAAGGAUAAAAAUGGGGGGAAAUUGUAAAAACUAAAAAUUUAGUUUUAUUUUUUUUUAUUUUUUUAUCAUUUCNUGAAGGAAUGUCCUAACUUUCAAUUUGAAGGACUAAGAUUGGACGAAAUUCUAUAAGCUGAAAACUCAAUGCUAAGCAACUGGAGAACUAAGGCAAUGCAGGAGCCUGGCCAAUGAGCCGGUUUUGAGUGAAUAGGCAGCUGAAUAUUGGGACGUGACGCAAUCAAGAGCUUUUUUAAUUUUUUUUUUUUGUCUUAGCCAUUCACGCGGACAAAGCUCUGCUUGAAAAAUUCAUUCAGCCCACAAUGGCGCUUGUUGAGGAGGCCUGGUGCGGAGAAGCAACUACCACCAAACGAAACAGAGGUGGGCAUAGACUUUUUUAGUUCAGGGCCCGGUUCCUGUGAGACGGAUUAGCGCUAAUCCAGGAUUAAAAUUUUUGUUCCGUUUUUGUAUUUUACCUUCCUGUGUAUUGUUUUGAGUAACAUUUUGUGUUAUCAUUACUGUAUCUCGGAGUCAGAAAGGCUAAACAGUAAACUCGAGUUGCAUGUUCUCAGACAAAAAACCUUGUCUAAAAUUUGGCUUAAUCCUGGGUUAAACUUAAUCAUCUUUCGAGGAACUGGACCUAGGUUAUUUAAUCCGUUACGAUGAUAAAGAAGUGGGGAAACAAAACUUUUUGUAUAAAAAGAGCCGGAGAUGCUCGUCGUUCAGCAGCCUACGAGCAAUCUCUCUUGGGCGCUCUGGUCGAGGGGUUUUCCCGCCCCCCGCCAGUGCGCUCCCGAGACCUCGCUCGCAGGCUAGUCGUCCCGCCAUGGCAGGAGUUUAAAUUGCAGCCUGAGAUUACCAUUGCGGUUUUUCAGGACCGGAUCGGAACUCUAAAAUUUUGACCCAUACACCUAUUGUUUGAAUACAGAACGCUCAGAAGAAAAAAAAAGGAACUAGAAUCCAUUCAAUAAAUUGUCCUUCUCAUCUAAUUGAAUGGUAUCCUUUAAGAAAUUAUGGUGAAAUAAAGCUUGAACAACACCGGGCCCAGGUUCAUCUUCAAUUUUCAGAACAUCAUCCCCUCCCCCUUCACUUAAGAGUCGCCCCCAACCCCACCACCAACCCCGGGGACAAAAUGAUCAAAAACUUACAGCAAAAGAAUAAAUAAGCUACCUGGUAGAUGGCCUGGAUGGAUCACAGGGAUCACUUAGGGUUCCUCAUUGGCAAGCGAAACCCGAGUCAGACCUUUUCCUAUGUGCGACGAUCGUGAUAUAACAUAUUGUGAAAAACAACACGUUUUAUGACAGAUCUCCAGAUUCGUAAGAACACGAUGGCGUGGAAAGGUACCUUUGUAAGAUGCGGAAGGAAAUUAAGAGUACACUUACAACUGUCAAAAGUAUGAGACAAAUCAACGCCCUAAUGCCAUCUCGCCACUAAGCGGGUCAGAGGACUUAACCAGCGACCAGGCUAAAGCACGAAGGUCGGCUGAAGGGAAGGGAAGAAGGACCUUCCGAUCGCAGGUUGCAGAGGUCUGUUCUCGAGACAUGAUCAAGUACGAAAUAAACCCUGCCCUGUACACGCAGGGUUUAAGAUUUUCUGACUCUCUACAAAAUGCCCCAGUUGAUAAAUUGGGCUUGGUAUUUGGAUGAUAUUGCUAUUGCAUGGUAGUGAAAAGAUGCUUAGUCUUCUUUGAUAACGGCACUCAAGGGUCCAGUUUCCGACCGCUCCGUGCUUUGCGCAAUGCUGAAACUGAGUCUUGUUCUUUUUGCAGAUCGACUGUUCGGUUUGGCGGGGCAGAAGAUUGAACUGCACUCUCGACCAGAAAAAACUGAGGUGAGUGAAAAUUGAAUGGGAACUGGUCUGUGCUUCCCUGUCUCUUGUUUGGUGAACUGACAAAUAAAACUGGAUUGGCGCGACCCUGUUUCGUGAUCUCGCGAUUACCUGUGGCAUAACUAGAGAGGUUAGGCAUCACGUUUAUUUCAAACGGCAAACGCGAAUUUCUUCCACGUGACCAAGUUUCCCCUUUACUUGUCGUUUACUGUUCAUUAUUUCUACACAGAAAUUAGUAGUUUCACGCAAUUUUUUAUCCAUAAGAAUUGUUUGAAGCUGUUUUUAUCUGCUCAUUUUAUAUUUUGAGAAAUUCUCAAGUGGAAUCCGAUGUUUGCCGUUUGCCGUAUACGUGAAGCUUAAUCCCUCCACUGUAUACAGCUGUGUACAGCAAGGACUAGAACUGAAAAAUUCUCAAUUUCUUGGGGGCGUAGUGUUCAAAGAGUUCACAUCAGCCAAUGAAAUGACUAAAAGAAUCCGUUCACCACCAAAACAACAAACAUGUAUGCCGUCAACGGUUUAAACCGUGUAAUGUGAAAACUACCCUGAACGAAGAGGCCAGAAUUGAGGUCUCUUGCUUGUUUGUUUUUUGCCCUCAAUCUUCGGUCUUUGCUCAAAAUUCAAUGACUAAAAAACGCGUGGAUCGAGUUAUCAGCGGGUACGUUCUAACCUCAGUAUGACAACCAAACCCAAGCCUAUUAACAGAUUUUUGUUUUAAGAGGCCAUAUUUUUAGAUAACAGUGCAAACUUUGCUCGGAUAAGAAAUAUGUUAUGUUAUACGAUAUUGUUAUAUUUGACGUUAGAGUGCGCAUUUUCUUUAGGGGAAGAAGAUUUCUCCCGCUUUGCCUGGUGUUAAUAAGUGGCUUAAGUCGUCAAAUGAAUAUGGUAAGUUUUUAAAAAAUAUUGCAACUAUACAAGGCCAGUAUCGACAAGCUUAAUUAUUUUCCAUAUUAGCCAAUGAUUGUGCCACCUACCGGCAAGAGUAUCGUCAGUACAGUGCUUUUUACGUUUUGUUUUUCUCAUUUGCUAAUUCCAGAGGUCCGUUCCAAAAAUAUCUACGAUUAAAUAACCGUGUCCGAUGGUUAUAUGGAAACCUUUAUAACCCAGGAACCAGAUGUUAGCGCUAUUCAUCGGAUAAAUCAUUGUCCUACCAGUCAGUGUUAGGGAGACCACCGUAAAUGACGCGUGUCAAACAGAAUCUAAGCUCAAGUGGAUAGAGCCCCCGCCCUGUGUUUGGGAGGUCAUAGGUUCGAAUCCUGUCGGGGACUCAGAGUUUUCCUUUGUCCCACGCUCGUGACAUGCUGAUCACUUCAUUUUUACAUUUGCUUCAUUGAGCUUAAAAUAUACCAUCUUUCAUUCUUUCACCAUACCGUAAAUGAGUUAUCCACUGGAUACUGACCAAUACACGACGAGUAUUUGAAAUUAUUAUGUAUCGUACUCACCAUUUGUCUUCUCGUUGGAGAGCCUACAGUUAAUUUUGAAAAUCAGCGCAACCUACAGUUCAUACUGACUAAUCUGUAGGUUGCGAGCGCAAUGCAUGAGUUCCAAGAGUUAUGUCAGACUGUCCCUCAUGCGAUGCUCUGUUUGUCCUUAUUUUCUUCAAAACAAUGUGUAAUAAAACAAUUAUUAGAUUUGGCUCGGCUAAUAACACUUUUUGUCUUAUCUCGACUGCCUUGCUGCGGCUACGGUCCUUUUCUGCUAAAGCAGGCUUUUCAACGACCACGCUAUGCCCUGCAUUCCAUACAGAUAAUUUCGUCUUGGACUAUAUAACUGACUGGACUCUGUGGUCAACUGACUCGCGUUCGACUAACCAAUUCACAAACACAUUCUUUUUGCAGAAAAAGCUGUGGUAUACAACUUUAUGGAUACAUUGUCUAAGGCAAACUCAAAGCCCGUCCCUACAAGACCUGUUACACCCAAACCAGAGGAGAAAAGACCACCUCGGCCACAAUUCUCUAAAGAACUUUACUUCCAACAGAGAGCAAAGAGUGCUCGCUCACAAAGAGUAACUGAACGUCCAUCGCUACCUCCGCGUCCUAAAUCUGUUGGAUCCAUUAGGUAAGGAGUUUAUUUAUCAAGAUUGAGAUAAAUGUCAAAGGUGUACUUUCAUUACAGACAGCAAGCAGCCUCUUUAAAUUUAAAGGAGCUGUGUCACGAAAUUCAGCCAAAUUAGGAAAUUGCAAAAUGCCUGUUUAAUUAAGAGAAACAUAAAAAUAACCGCUUAAAACUUUAAAGGAAGGUUAAAACAACAUAACAGAAACAACAGAUGCCACGGAUGGGCAAAACUGAAGAAGAUUGAAACGGAUUGAAAUUAGGGUUUUUGAAAACUGUUCAGCCUAACAGUUUUUCAAAGUUGAUCCCUGCUGCUUGCAACUUCAAAAAUAAUGCUCUGGAGACAUAUUUGUAUGUCUCGGAUCUCUGAUUUGUCAUUUAGAUGUAAUUUCUUUGCUUACUUUAGCGAUUGAGGGCGAGUAAUUUGCAAAAUUUAUCAAAAUGAACCGGACUGCCGGACACAGCCCCUUUAAUGGGGCAACAAAGGGGCGCGGAGCAGCGAGCAUGGAAGCUGCAAGAAACAAGAACGAAUGCAGGGGUUUGAGAAAGAGCACGUUGUGUCGGCAACAAAACAAGCAAAAAUUCAGGUCGUGGAAAUUUCUAAAUAGAAAGAACAAUAGGUGGGGUGAAUAUCUUAGUCAACUUGACAUGAGUUGCGAGUAUUCUUGGUUCUGCAUUCCACAGAAUCUCUCCCAUUUGCGCAUGCUUUAUAGUAUGUUCCUAUUUGGAACUUACGAGUUGCCUGUGCUGUUGCCUGUUAAGGUGGAAUUCUACCGUCGCGCAAUAAUCACGCGCAUAGGCAAGUAAAUAUCUCGCUCAAACUUAUACGUUUACGAGCGGCCUUUCAAAACAUUGCCUUUAUAUUAUUUACGCACGUAAACAUUACUCCACGGUAGAAGUCAACCCCUGAGACUUACCUUUUAGGGUGGAGAGAGACGACACGACAAAUAUUAGGGACUUUAAGAUACCACAACAGCGACGAUAAUGAGAACGUCAAAAAAGAGAUUGAAAGAAUGCAAAUUCAAUAUUUAAGCGACGUUUUCGUAGCCGUCGCCCUCCAUUACAAAGAUUUCGCUUGCAACCCCUCAGGUUAUUGUCUUGGGCGAAUACAUGAAUUUAGGAAACUAUUCUACAAAUGUAUAGUCAUAUUCAGCUCAGUGUCAGAACCACUUUGGUUUUUAUAACUUUCUUUCUUACGUUUUCAUCCUUUUUGUGGGCAAAUUUCAGAGAAGAAGAUAAGGCGUUGGACGAAACAGAAAAUCAUUUCACAGAGCAUGCGCGCCACCACCACCAUCAUCACCUUAAUCACACUGAAGGCAAAUGUGAAUUCUGUGAUUAUCUCAGAGUGAAGAGGUUACUGGAACACCUUAACAAGUGAGUGUUUCAAAUUCUAGAGUGGCUCAUAAGGAUAUUUUGCUUGAAGCUGCUACAACGGUAGCGCUGAGACUUCAUUAUCACUAUAGCUAGUAUUUCUUUGGAAAAUAAAAAAGGUUAGCCCUCUUUUACUGUUGAUAACCCCUACCGUUGUUACGGAAACCACAAAAUGCGCAGUCGAUUUUUACAAAAGUGCUAAGUUCUUCUGAAAAAAAUGGAACCUCGUGUAUUAUAACCUUUACAUAAUUCUAAAUUCUCCUUUUAGGUAUGGAUCACAUGGCUUAGGUGAAGCUACACUCAGUCAUUUGCUGAAGCCCCGAGUGGAUCCUUCAUAUAAUCCAUCGUACGAGGAUUAUGAUUACGUACAUGACAACUCAUUCUUCACAAAUACCAACACAAGAGAUCGAGGUUAUUUUAUCAUAGCCCCUGACUGGGUAUCUGAAAGAAAAGGUAUCCUUUCCACUCAUUACCAGUGAGUGAACCAAAGAUCAUCAAGCAGUUGACAUUUUCAGCGAUUUAUUUUACUCAAAGGGACUAUGUCAGGCUAUUUACUAUCUUUUCAAAAAGCUAAAACCUUUUUCGCAUAAACUGUGUUCUUAAAAUAAUAGCCGCGGUUCAGUUUUGUUAGUUAAAGACUACAUUUAGGCAGUGCAACUGUUUCCUUGCGUCUGUUGUAACGGAUGGCAAGGAUGGACAUAGAUUGAAACUUUGAAAAGUUGGGCCAACCUUUAGUCAAGUUUUAGGCAAUGCCUGCAAAAUUCACCAAAACAUCUGGGCCGGGUUCCUGAAAGACCGAUUAGCGCUAAUGCAGGAUUAAAAUGUUGUUCCGUUAUUGUAUUUUACCUUCCUACAAAACGCUUAGAGUAACAAUUUGUGUUAUUAUUACUGUAUUUCGGAGUGAAGGUUAAAUAGUAUUUUUAAGCCCGAGUUGCAUGUUUUUAGACAAGAAAACCUUGCCUAAAAUUUAGCUUAAUCCUGAUAUAAAGUUAACCGUCUUUCGAGGAACCAGGCCCUGAUCGUAAUUAUUGUUUGUUUGAUAUCCUCUUCGUAACUGAACAGGAGCAUUCUGUGUAUGGUAAAAGUAGUUGAGUAAUGACUUUAGCAUAGAAUUGAUCAAAAAAGGCAAUAUCUUCAAAACCUUUUAACAGGUCUAUGAAAACUUCGACUCAAACGAAUGUAGCCGUUACAAAAAACAUCGUGCUGCUUAUCAAGAAUGAAGUCAAGUCCUUUUGUGUUUGUAAUCGCAUACGAACUUUCGCGUUCACGGCCUCUUUCCUCGCGUACAUCCUUUUGCCCUCGUUAACACUUUGCUUGAGAGGAUAAUUUCUAAAAAAAAAAAAGCAUCUUUCUCGUGUUAACAACCCUAAACGUUUAAGUUUAUUUGCGUUUACAAACUUCACCGGACUCGUAUGAACAACAUAGCGGUCAGUCUUAGCUUCUGGCUUUUCAGGCGUAAAAAUGAAAGAGAAAUAGUGGAUUCAACGGUACUGAACCAGUAUUUUGUCAACUCUUUCUCCGCCCCACUAAGCAGAUAGAUUUCUGGAUAUUUCUUCUAGUUAAAAUAAGUAACAAUGACUUCCGCAAAACCAAGAAAGAUCCAGCUGUUAAUUGUCGCAAACUCUUCUGCUUUUAAUGAGUGUUGUUCGUAAAAACCAAAUGAAGUUUUAUUAAUUCCUUCAGGCAUUUUUUACUUUUUUCGCAAGUUGCUUUUUAUUGUGCAAACAAACAGAGAAACAAGUUCAAUAUAAUUAAUAUAUUUCCAACCCCUCACGAUUUGUUCGAGCAACAUCUUGAAAUCGUCACAAAAACGACUUUAUGAAAUAACAUAGGGCUAUUUAUUUGAACAAUAGAUGUAUUUUUCUUAAGUGUAAAUAGUUCACUAUAGAGG